AUGUCACGCUCAGCGGCCAAAUCUCGCGAUAAGAGUCGUGCUGCCAUCUUGGUUCCGGCACCCGCUCUUCCUCGCCCUCCCUCGGUCCAGAAUGUGGAGACGGUGGACAUCGUCCCAGGUCGCCUCACGGAAGCCGCUUGGGUCACCAUGACAACACAGGACAAUGGGGAGGAGGUGGUGGCGGAGAUCAUGGGAGAGCUGGAGGCUGCAGUGACGGACAGGUGCUAUCAGGUGUACCUGCAAAAACAGGUGUGUAGCUGUCACAGACAGUGGUGCACUAUUGAGGGCAGGUGUAGGCAACUAGAUUAAGCCGCGGUACGAUUUUUGUCGGAGCCGGAACAUAAUUGUAAUAAUUUCUACACUGCAAAUUGACUAGAACUAAGCCCAAAAAGAGAUUGUACAGUAUUUGAAAAUAACAAUAAUUUUAUACCUUGAUUACAUUGAGACAUGAUCACCUAAAGGGAACUGCCAAAAUAAAGGAAACACCAACAUAAAGUGUCUUAAUAGGGUGUUGGGCCACCACGAGCCAGAACAGCUUCAAUGCUCCUUGGCAUAGAUUCUACAAGUGUCUGGAACUCUAUUGGAGGGGUGCGACACCAUUCUUCCACAAGAAAUUCCAUAAUCUGGUGUUUUGUUGAUGGUGGUGGAAAGAGCGCUGUCUCAGGCACUGCUCCAGAAUCUCCCAUAAGAGUUCAAUUGGGUUGAGAUCUGGUGAUGGAGACAGCCAUGGGAUAUGGUUUACAUCGUUUUCAUGCUCAUCAAACCAUUCAGUGACCACUCGUUCCCUUUGGAUGGGGGCAUGGUCAUCCUAUGGGGGCAAGCCAUGGUAGCGAAAAUAAUGUCCCAAAUAAUGGCCUACCCAGAAUUUGUAUACAUGAUCCUAAGCAUGAUGGGAUGUUAACUGCUUAAUUAACUCAGGAACCACACCUGUGUGGAAGCACCCACUUUCAAUAUACUUCGUAUUCCUCAUUUCCUCAAGUGUUUCCAUUAUCUAGGCAGUAACCUGUAUGUUUCUUUUUUUAUUUGUGGGAAUAUAUUUUUUGCUAAAUUCCUGGUGAUUUAACAGUCUAUUUUCAAUUUUUUUAUUUUUUAUUUUUUAUAAUUUAGGGAAUAGGGUGUCAUUUGGAAGGACCUUUCUAUGCCCCUAACCAGUCGAAACACCCACUUACAUGUGCCUGACAUCUCAAACAAAUGAUUCUCUCUCUCUCCUUCUGUCUCUGUCUCUCUCUCUGAGUCUCUGUCCAGCUGGUGCCGUUCACAGCGUCCUGGGCCUAUGAAAGCCUGGUGCAGAUGGCUGACUGGCUGUUCCUGGCAAGGGAUGAGGGUGAGGGGCCAGAGAGUGCCCCCUUGUGGGGGGAGGACACAGAGCCUGAACCCUGUAAGAGCGACUCAUGGGCCGAGGGCUGUGUUCCUGUCCGGUACACCAGUGUGAGCUCACACACACCCCUUUUGCAGGUAACAAUUGAUGCAUAAACACACAUAUGUAAAGUACCAGUCAAAAGUUUGGACACACCUACUCAUUCCAGGGUUUUUCUUUACUUUUUACUAUUUUCUACAUUGUAGAAUAAUAGUGAAGACAUCAAAACUAUGAAAUAACACAUAUGGAAUCAUAUACUAUCCCAAAAAGUGUUAAACAAAUCAAAAUAUAUUUUAUAUUUGAGAUUAUUCAAAUAGCUACCCUUUGCCUUGAUGACAGCUUUGCACAAUUUUUUGGUUACUAGAUGAUUCCAUAUGUGUUAUUUCAUAGUUUUGAUGUCUUCACGAUUAUUCUACAAUGUAGAAAAUAGUACAAAUAAAGAAAAACCCUGGAAUGUGUAGGUGUGUCCAAACUUUUGACUGGUACUGUAUGUCACAAGCAUGCUUGCUACAUCACACGCAUGAUACAUGAUGAUACACACUAAUACCUGAUGUGUUUUUGUGUCUCUGCAGAAGUUGCUGGAUUUUCACCUGGCAGAGUCAGCUGAUCCAUGGGACUCAGAUACCCAGAGCAAGCCCCAGUCUUCCAGUAGACAGGACAGCAAGCCCCAGUCUCCCAGUAGACAGGAAUGCAGGCCCCAGUCUCCCAGUAGACAGGAGAGCAAGCCCCAGUUUCCCAGCAGACAGGACAGCAAGCCCCAGUCUCCCAGUAGACAGGACAGCAAGCCCCAGCCUCCCAGUAGACAGGACAGCAAGUUCCAGUCACCUACAAAGCCAGAGCCUCCAGACAGAGAGAGAACAGUCCUACCACAACAAAUAAUAGUGGAUUCAACUGAACCUGAGAAGCCAGAAAAGGCAGAGAAGAUAGGACCAGAGGAAGUCCAACCCUCACCUUUCCUCACUGUAGCCACCUAUAAAGCCUGGAGGAGGAAACAGUCCCAGACCCAACCAUGCACACACAAGGCCCUACCACCACCUCUGAAGACCUACAAACCCUUGUUCACCCCUAGUGGACCAACCCAGCAGUUCCAGCACCUCUCUGUACCCCAACUUCGGGGGCGUAGACCACGAGAGGUCCCAGUCCCUAGGAGACUGGACCCCGCUAGACUACCGCAACAACACGUUUGGCCCGAGGUGGAGGUCCUGGAGCCUCAGCCCUCACACCGCUCCAAGGAGAGAACAGGGGGGCUCACCGCCCUCCUCCGGCCCAACCAGGACCAUCACAGCAUGGCACGCCGAGCCACCAUCACACCCCUGACUGCCCACACCCACCAGGCUUUACCCAGCAAGACCCGGAGGAAGAGUCUCCACCAUGGUGUCCAGCUACAGAGGCACGUGCUCCGAGGUGGUACCCAGCCAAGGGGCUCGACUGUGGGCUACACUCCGCUCUCCACUGGCCUCGAUCUGGAUACCAUUGAGCUGGUGCCAGGAGUGGGAAUUGGGGACCCAGUAUGUGGGACUGGGGAGAACAAGCCGUCCUGGGUUUCCCGUCUGCCUGAGCUGAUUCCCAUCAGAAGCAGCCUCCCGGCCAUGUUGUGGUCCCUGGAUCAGGUGGUGGGGGGGCGGAGCCCUCGAGUCACUGCCACCACUGUUAAAGACUGGGCAUGA